UAUGUUAGGCACUCAAAAUUGCUUAAUUGUUGAUUUAAAGGAGCGAAAAGUGGCCGAAGGCGCGUUCGGUAAUGCGGGGUUAGCUUGCAGAGUUGGUGCUUUAAUUUAAACGAGGACGAUGACAGGAAGCUUUCUAUUACAUCUCUUUAUCCUAACUUUAAUAGCAAAGUUUAGUGAUGUUAGCGCCUCUCCGCGGAGCUCUGACCGCCGUAUACACUACCCAUCCAGUCAGUCGCAGACGAGUGAACAUUUUCCAUCCACGCAGCCCUCAAAACAAGCUAAAGAUUCACCCUGGAGACCUAAUACGCGGGUUAAAACUGUAGCCGUUAUUUGCCACGAGAAUUACAUGGAGAUUACAAUUAAAACGGACCUGUUUGAUGUUGGUUUACCCGUGGAUGCUUCGGAGCUGCGGCUCGGCACUGACACUCAAUUGGUUCCUUCGUGUAAAGUGACCUCGUUUUCUUCUGACGCGUACAUUAUAGCGGCUGAUCUUACAGACUGUGGCACUCAACACUGGAUUACAGAUGAGUCUCUUAUCUACACCAACCUCCUCAUCUUCUCUCCACAACCAUCACUGGACAGGGUGAUUCGCUUUGAGGAGGCCAUAGUUCCCAUUGAAUGUUAUUACAGCAGGAAAUUUGAUGUAAUCAGUAACCCCAUCAGACCAACAUGGAUUCCUUACAGUUCAACACAAUCUGCAGUGGAGGACUUGCAGUUUUCACUAAAGCUAAUGACAAGUGAUUGGAGCUCGGAACGGGCAUCUGCUGUGUAUUUUCUUGGUGACGUCAUAAACAUGGAAGCCUCAGUUCUUCAAAAACAUCACACUAAUCUCCAUGUUUAUUUUGAGAGCUGUGUUGCCACGGUGACUUCUGAUAUUAACUCGGUUCCCAGAUACACAUUUAUUGAAAACCAUGGGUGUUUUAUGGAUGGACAGCUAACAGGCUCAAAGUCUCGUUUCUUGCCCAGAAUUCAGAAUAACAAGCUCCAACUCCAGCUGGAUGCUUUCAAGUUCUACAAAGAGGAGAGGCCAGAGAUAUACAUCACUUGUACUCUUCAAGCUUAUCCUGUAAUGGAUGUAGUUAAUCUUAUUCAUAAAGCAUGUUCCUUCAUCGAUGGAAGCUGGAGGUCUGCUGAUGGAGGUGACUGGGCUUGUUACACCUGUGAAAAACAGGAGUUCGCUCCGUCCUUCCGUGCCACACAGACACAAUCUUCUUCUGCUCCCAAAAUGGACCAGACCUUAUCUACCCCAAGGCUCAGCAAGAUCCAGCCCAGAAUGCAGGAGGGUUCCAGAGGUUUAGCUAAAAUCAUGCAGACACCAAGUGAGGCUGCUCCAUCCUGGAGGAGGUUAAAUAUCCCUGAGGAGGAGACUGGAUCAGUGGGAUGGAAACAGGAAAAAUCUCUGGGUCCACUGGCCAUAUUUUCAAAGAAAACUAAAAUGGGGUUUUUGACUCCACCAAGAGUGAAGGAAGGGGUUCCUCCUUUGCCCUCUUUCAAGGAUCAAACACCAAUGCCUCAUGGCAGUCUAUGGAAAAAUGGUAUCUCUGCAGAGAUUGACUUUGAAGAGACCAUAACUCAUCUCCCAUCUAUGGAACAAACUGAACAACCGGUUAUCACUACAAGUGAAGCAGAAUCCCAGGACCUGGAUGAUGGUGAUGAGGAGGAGGAGGGGGAUGAUAUAGAGGAUUAUGGUGAGGAUAGUAAUGAUGCAAAUAAAGAUGAUUAUGGGGAGGAUAAUAAUGCUGCAGAUAAAGAUGGCCAUAUAGAAGAAAAAGAUGCUGGGAAAGAUAAUAAAGACCUAUGGAAGACCAAAGUCUUGCCAGAAGAAGAUUUUGAAGAGAGUUUUACAACUCCUACCCCUGCAAAUGAGAAACCCUUUGAAGCACACGAACUGGGCACAAGCUCUUCACUGCAGGAUGAGGUCGAGUCAGCUGAUUCUUAUCACCCUCUUAAAGACUCAUAAACGUAUUAAAUCUCAAGGCUAUAGAUGCUGCUAGAUGUGUAAACUGUGGUUCAAAACAUUGCAUAUAAAACGGUCAGAAAUCAAUGCAUAAUAAAAAAUUUAAAUUUUGAA